AUGGUCUCGGACAGCUCCAGCAACAUCCGCGUCUUCAUUCGCUGGGACGACCAGACUGUCUUUGCUGGCGAGGAGAUCAAGUGCACCAUCACCUUCAAGAACGUUGCUGCCGAUCCCAGUCAACAUAAGCAGACCCAACGGCAGGCAAACGUCGCCGAUCGUCCCAGAUAUGCCACCCCGCUGCAUCGUGGGAAGCCCAUCACCGGCUCGACCCCACCGACCCCGUCAACUGCUGGUCCCUCUCGCGGCCACCGUUCUACCCUUUCCCUGAGUGCACCGGCCGCCUUCUCAAGGAGCCGUUCUGGCUCGAUUGUAUGGCCACAACCCCCACCGCAUCCUCCAAAAUCUAGCGACGACCAGGGCAACACUCAUCGACGGUCCAUCUCCAUCGUCUCCAUUGGAUCGGCCAACACAGCUCCUGAUGAUGCGCAAAGCAACGCGUUGUUCGCCAGGGCACAGAGGCCCGGGAGGGGGCAUGCGCGGGCUCACAGCUUGCACAUUAUGCCCCGGGCUGGCCUCGGGAUCUCUGGACCUCCGUCAGCAUCACCACGGCAGGUCAGCUCUCCGAUGUUCAAAUCUACACAUAUGUCCGAUCGACACCCCCGGUCUCCAGGUCCAUCAACCUUGCCAAAUACUCCCGCCAUCGGCGGCCCUUUCCGACUGUCACGGUCACCUUCUAGUAAUAUGCCCGAAUUCAAGUUUCCCAUGGCGCCCUCGCCAUUAUCCGAGUCUCACAACAGCCCAUUGAAUCCCACUGACGACAGCUUUCUGAGCCCCAAGAACGAAUCAAUAUCGGCAUUCCGGACGAAGGACAGCUCCCAUGGGGCUCCUGACCACGCACACAUGCAUGCGACCACCCCAGCAAUGCGAAUCCUUUCGUCGACAAGCAUGGGAGGGACACCAAGAAGUAGCGGGGAGUUCUACGCGGCGAGCAAUCACUCAUCGGAAACGCUCAUCUCAGAGUACCCCGCCCACCAGCAACCGCUCCGUGGUCAGCACCAGCCAAGGCCGUCAUAUCUCAGACGAAGUUCCAAUUUCAGCUCACAACAACAACAACAACAACAACAACAACCGAAAGGACCCGAGACCAUCAUGAUGGCAUAUGCUCAGGUUCAAGGUUCCUUCACCCUGGACGGUUCACUCAUCAACCUGGCGCCUUUUGAGCAAGUUAAGCGAAAAGCUGUUCUUGGUGGACAGGGGGGCGGCGUGAUUGGCGUCGAGACUUCUUCCAGGCGCGACAGCGGUCUUCUUCGCAGCUUCGGAUGGGGGAGCAUAAGCAGCUCCCUUGGCGACCUUCUCGGGACCGGUGAGCUCAGCAGCAUGAAAGACAUGCGUGGCAUCGCGAGCUCCAAGUCUGUGCCGCUCCUCUCUACGCCGCAAUCUAUCCUGUUCGUUGACAUGCAGCUCGCGCCAGGGGAGAGCAAGGCCUUUGAAUACGCCUUCCAAUUGCCCAGAGGCCUGCCGCCAUCCCACAAGGGCAAGGCCGUUAAGAUUUCAUACACGCUCGUCAUCGGCACACAGAGGGCUGGCGGCACUAAAGAGCAACAGAUACGCAAGGUUGAGGUACCCUUUAGGGUGCUGGGCGGCGUCAACAGCCACGGCGAGAUUCUAGGUUACGAUCUUAUGAACCCUUAUGUCAUCCUGCGCGACCAAGCAGUCAUUACACCCCUUGAUAAAAUAACACCAAGUAACCGAAACAAAGCUCAAUCGACGAGACCUGAAUCUUCUCUAAACGAUUUCAUCACAUAUGUCGACGACUUAUUGAACAGACCACGCUACGGCAGCCAUACAGGACUACUCUCUCCGACGGCUGUGCCAAGCUCCAGGCGACCGUCAGCGUAUGAAGACGCAACAACGGCCAAGGACGCUAUCAAUCUUGCCAUCCUUCGCAGCACCCACGCAUCUGAGGGCGGGCAAAGCCCCAACCGCUUUGAGAUUGCGCGAAAUGGUCAGCGCGUCGGCGUUGUGACACUUACGAGGGCUGCAUAUCGCAUCGGCGAGGCGGUGACUAUGGUGGUCGAUUUCUCCAACGCCGACGUGCCUUGCUACGCUCUCCACUGUGCGCUCGAAUCGGCUGAACGAAUUGCUGAUUCGCAACUUGCCCUCCGGUCGGAGGCUUCGGUCCAUCGCGUCACACGCAAGGUGUAUGCAUCUUCCUCUGAUACAGCACUCUACGGCCGCAGACUCGUCUUCACGCCAACCAUUCCCAUCAACGCUACCCCAGAGUUCGUGACAUCGGGUGUCGCUCUCGAGUGGAAGAUCCGUGUCGAGUUUGUUGUGCCUAGCGCUACCACCCAACAGACCAAAAAGACUCCCGUUGCGGAGCCCGAGUCUGAAGACGCCAGCGCGCCUCUGGUAGGAAACAGCGCCGCAAGUGGUAACACGAACCCAAGUCGCAACCACCCACUUCUUGAGGAGAUAUCGCGUGAUGAGCGUGGGGGCCUCGUUCUUGUUGCAGUGGAGAACCUGGCCUGUGAGAGCUUCGAGGUUGCGGUUCCGUUGCGCGUGUAUGGCGCUUUCGCUACGGGCCUCGAAAAGCUGGAAAGGGACGAAGCGUCAGAAGAGGGCCUUGCAGUCUAACUCAGGGUUCCCUGUUGGCAUUGGUCGGGUAGCGAGGGUUCUGGGGGCAUCAUGCGGUAAGCGUCCGUUGCAGCACUGGAGCGUCCAUAUUACGCUGUAUAAACCAUCAUCACAUGGGUGAAAGACGGCAGAAAGUGAAUUUGAACAUAUCGUACCUACCUACAUAAGUCAGGUCAGCAUUAUCUAGCGUCUCUGAACAGUUUCUAUUGAGUUUCAACAAUCU